AAAUUCAGAAAACCUCAUAUCUUGUCUAUUUAAAACCAUAAAAAUUAUUCACAUCUCAAGAAAAUUGUCCGCCACUUCUAUGUACUCAUUCAUUUCCAAUUUCUUCUUCAUCUUUCAUCUUAUGAAACAUUGUUAGAGUCCUCCAUCACCCUGAAAAAUAUCACGUUCGAUUGAAUCUAUUAAGUUCAUAUCUUGAAUUCGUCACUCUGACUUUCCAGCAUGUCGGAUUACGAUUUCUCUUCCUCUAGGAGCUCACGUGCUUGGCAGUGGGUCAAAGUCAUAGUGAGUUUCGGUGUCCUAGCUUUGGUCCUAUGGAUAAGUCUACGUACCACAAAGCCUAAAUGUUCCAUUGGAGAUGUUUACGUGCGAGGCCUUGAUAAAUCGGUCAACUCCAGCAGCAACAUGACUAGCCGCGACAACCAUGUAUCAUUUCAACUCAAUUUGAACAAUGGAAUGAAGGACAAAAGCAUUCGCUACAAUGACAUUACACUUAAUUUCUACUAUGGUACAAAUACAAGUUACCCUAUAGGUAAUUAUACAUUUGAUGGAUUUAAACAAGGUAAAGGCAAAGAAACUUCUAAAAGUGGCAUGAUUGAGGCACAUAAUAUGCCAUGGGAUGAUGCAAUUAAGGUUGUUUCAAAUGGAUCAAAGGCAACAUUUAAAGUUGAAGUGAGUAGUAGAAUUAAGUACAAAAUUAUAUUUUGGUAUACUAAAAAACAUAAUUAUGUUGUGGAAAAAAAAGUUGAAGUUGAUAAUACUGGUAAAUCUAGUGCACAACAAAUUAGAUUUUGUUUUGGGGUUUUUGGAUUUACAUUAUUUGUUUUGUCAUUUUUAGUUUAAUUGUUUUUAGGGUUCAUGUCGAGGGCAUCUUUUGAUUAGUAAUUUAAGUUAGUGGACUUUUUGUUAUUCUUUAUUUCCAGGUUGUAAAGGACUACUUGCAUUGUUUAAUGUUCAUAUUUUAUUUUGUUUCAACAAUUAUUAAUGUAUGAUUCUUUACUUUUGUU